UUGGGCAUUGUAUCAUUUCUAGAGCAGCUAGAAGAGCUGGAGAAGAUGUUCCAGGAAGACCACUAUCCUGACAAUGAGAAGAGGAGGGAGAUUGCAGCUGUGGUUGGUGUGACACCACAGCGUAUCCUGGUCUGGUUUCAGAAUCGCAGGGCAAAGUGGCGGAAAUUGGAGAAGUUGAGUAUGAAAGGCAACAGAAAAUACCCAACAUCAUCAGCUCUGUCAGUCCCCUUUGGAUCAGAGGAUUAUGGGGCACCUCCUCUGCCUGUGCUUCCAUUGCCUGAUGCUGCUGGAGACCAGCCUGCCGUGCUGGGAGGAGACCCUGGAGCUGGGGACUCCUCCAGCCUGCUCAGCACACACCCUGCAUCCCUCACUUCUGCCUCAGCCUCCUCGGUGGCAGGAAUGGUGGCACCGUGUGAAGCACAAGCUCAGACCAAGGCGCUGCCGCAGCUGCCCUUCAAUUCCAGCGGCGUGGAGUGCUUCCCUAGUCUUCCCAGCCCUCCUCCCAUCCGCAGGGCCAGCCUGCCGCUCAGCCUGGCCUUUAACCCCCACGGCCACAUUGUUCCCCUGAUGCUGGACACGCCCAGCAGUGAAUGCAGCUUGGCCAGUCAGGAAAACGGCUCCAGGGAAGCCUUCGCUUACUGCGUCCAGAAUCAAGGCUUCAGUUCCACGGUUUCCUGCCCUUACCUCGAGCAGCUGGAGCCUGGAGACGACCUGGAGGCCACCUACUGUCAGUACAGCAGCGGGGGGGAAAUCUACCAGCUCUCCCAGCUCUCCCAGUUCUGCCACCCAGGUCACCUGGCCAGCAAUGUGUUCUCCAGUGACCAUGUCCCUCCUCCAACACCCCUGGAGUCCCAUGCAGCUUUCCCUGCCUUAUCUGCCAACAGUGGAGCCAUAACCUAUGGAGCCACAGAAGGCUAUGUACAAAACCACACAGGGGGACCACUCAUGCCACAACAGCCAAGUGGAAAUUCAGCAGACAUCCCUGCCUAUCCAGCUGUGCCCUGGAGUGAUUUCUACAUGCAGGGAGCUCCUUUCUCCAAUCAGUUGCAUUCCCAAAUGCCUUUUUCAAGCAUGGCAGGAGGACAGUACUUCACAGAGCCAUAUCUUCUUCAAGUGCCCAAUGGAACAGCACUGGAAUCCAUGCCACAGACUGGAACACAGCAGGGAGUGACACCACCAGACCAGAGUUCCUACCAGAGCCACCAAACAGAGCCAGAGUUGGCAGCUCUCGCUGAAAAAGAGGACGUAAAGAGCAGCAGCAAGAAAGGAGAGAAUAUUGUUGAAACUAAAGGAGAAACUAAUGACUGAUGCUGCACUCUGAGAAAAAAAAGCAAAGGAAGAGGAAAAAUUGCUAUUUUAAACUCUGCAAAAUAAGAGUCAAAAAGAGAGACAAGAAUAAUGGUUGCAACAGAUGCACUUUUUUAUUACUUUUUUUGGUUGUAUUUUUUUUUCUUGUUGCCAUGAUUAUUUUCUUGCUGAAGAAAGAAACAGGGAUGUUUCACUCAAUAAAAGUUCCUGCUCUGUCUUUCUUUUUUUUUUUUUUUUUGCAAAUCUCCUGGCUUUAUCCUUCUUAACGAAUUCUAAUCUUGACCAGCCCUCAAGACAGGAAAGAGCUGAUACAGGAACCAGAGUCCCAUGGGUGAAAAUUCCAGAUCAUGCAAGAGUCAGAAGGUCUGGCUGCUAUCCUGGAAUACACAGGAAGAGAAACCAGGAGGAGUAAGAUAUAUGCAAAAUAGGAGGAAGAACUCUAGCAACUACACCUGAUUUUAGUGACUCCAGACAGCAAAAGAAGUGUCAUUGGAAGUCUACCAGUGAUUUGGUGUUUGCUAGCCUUGAAUUACUUCUAAAAAAAUUACUUUCAUUGUAAAACUUGAACAAUAAACAGCAGCAAGACUGUAACUAUAAAUGCUGGCAGUGUAAGCAGAUCCCUUUCUAUUAUUAAUUGGUUUAGCAUCCUAUCUGAAUUGAUCUCUUUGAUCUUGGCUUGAUCGUCUCAGCUCCUGCUUUGCCUGGGAAACAGAUCAAAUGUGUCUUUGAAAUCGGUGGUCAGCAGCAGGAGCAGAGGACUCCAGUGAAGAGCUCGUUCACUCUGAGAGCUACAGUCUCCAGGAAUUGUGCUUCCCAGAGGAGCUGUAACCACCUGGAUGUGUAGGAUGUAUAAUACAAGUGGCUUAAAUGGAUGUCAGGUGCUGGGCCUGUCCUUGUGAGGAAAGACCAUCAUGUUGUAGGAAGAGGGACAUGCAUUUCCUAUGUUACUUCCUGUGUUUAACCCUGAGUCUUCCCACUGGUUUUGGACACAGACAAUGCCCAAAUCAUUUUUGUAUUUCCUGUGAUGUGGGUGCCCCUCUGUACCUUUUGAAAUUAGGCAUUACCAGGUCUUUUGUUUCUGUUCCUCUGCAGUCUGUCCAUGGAGUGUCUGGCAGGAACUGGAUGCUGGAGCUCCUCUCCUUUUUCUUCCUCCUGUAAAACACUGGUUUAUGUCUGGCAGUGGCUGAACACUGCUGGAAGACUAAGCAGUAUAGACAGGGACAGAUUUUGAGUCUACAGCUUUGUGUGGCUAUUCUGGAAUUUCCAUUUCCUACAGCAAAAGCUAAUUCUUGCCUGUAAUAAGCUGAGAAUGGUUGGGCAUGUGCAUUAGUUCACACUUGUUUCACUCAUCCUCAGCUGAACAGCCUAAACCAAUAUUUCCAAGAGGUGUGAAUAGGAGUUUUCAUUGCAAUUACAAGUCACUCUGAAAACUGUUCAUGGUGAUGAUGGCAAAAUUCAUCAUAGCGAGGGCUGGCUGGGAAUCUUGCCUGGAUCCAAAACCAGCCCUUCCAGGUUUGGAAGAGGAUAAAACCAACAGAAUGCCAACUUGCUCAGCCCUACCUGCCCCUUCUCAUAGAAUGAAGAAGUAAAUAAUUUAGUAUGCUUUUUGAGAAAUGCACAUUUUCAGAAACAGGCCUUUGGGAUGUGGUCUGGUGGCAGAGUCACCACCCCAGCUUGUAGCAUCUGCCUACAGCAUUCCAAAUCCAAAUGUGACACUGAGCACUGAAUUUUAUGUGCUGCAAUCUCAAAAGGUUUGAGGAUUGAAUGAGCACGGUGAUGUUUUUGAAAUGGGCAAUCCUUUGUGUUUAAG